AUGUCCAAACAGACACAACAACAACGAAGACAAAUCCGUAAGGAUUAUCGUGUCCUCAUUCAAGAUACACAAAAAAACAAGGAUAGUUUAGUACAAUCAGAUAGUGGUGGAUUAUUACAAAUGCUUGAAAAGGGAGAACAAUUGUACUCUCAAGUAAAUAUGCCUAGAGAGGCAGCGUUGGAUUCUGAAUUUCUUAGUUUGGCAUCACAACUGGGCUAUGAAAAGACACAAAGAUUCAAAGUAGCUUUUAGUACAUUUGAUAGUAAUGGUUUUAUCAAUAGAUUAUAUACAACACUCUCUCAGUUGGGAUCUGAUCAAGAUGGGCAGGAAGAGCAACAAGAUGAUGAUCAACAAGAUGGUGACGAUGAUGAAAAUAAUAAUAACAAAAAGAAAAGAAAAAAAGGACGUUCAUCGUCAACAGAUGAUGUCCAAGAAAGAGGAUGGAAAAGAUUUGGAGCAAAUGUUGCAAAGCAAUUCAAUCAGACACCAGAUUUUGAUUUCAUGUAUGGUCCAAUUAGUAUAGAGGUGGUGGAAAAGGUUAGAAAGCAACCCCAACGACGUGGAAAAGAUGAAGUAGGAAAACUGGUUGUCCCCGAGCAGGUACAAGAUACAGCGGGCGCAAAUCAACAAAACGAAACAACCAGUCAACGUGUACAUAAUAUGAAACGAUAUUUGGAGAAAAAGAAGCAAGCAGACUUUAUUGAUGUAGUGACAGACAAGACAUCGUUUGCAAGAUCUGUUGAAAAUAUGUUUUAUUUCUCUUUUCUUUUAAAAGACGGCCAAGCAAAGUUGGUUCCAAACCAACAGACAGGCGCUCUCAAUAUCGAAGCUGCACAACCCCCAGAGGAAAAAGAUUAUACUACAGGAAGAGCUACUCAAAGACAUUCGGUUGUAAAAAUGGACUAUGAUAUUUGGAAAAAACUAUCACAAUGUUCAAAUCAGCUGCCAGAUUUCAAUAUUGCUGAUGGGGAUGGAAAGAAAAAAUAA